AUGUUCACCAUCAAGGAUUCUCCGGUAGAAAACCACCGGAAGCUGAAGAUUCGCGUCAUUGGCGCUGGGUAUUCAGGAAUCUAUCUUGGUAUCCGAAUUCCUCAGCGACUGCGGAACGUGGACUUGAGAAUCUACGAAAAGGAGGAUCAAAUCGGUGGAACGUGGUGGGUGAACAAAUACCCAGGUUGCGCGUGCGACGUUCCAUCGCAUAGCUAUCAGUAUUCCUUCGAACCCAAACCGGAUUGGUCUUCCAUGUAUGCUCCUCAGCAUGAGAUAUGCGCCUAUCUACAGGGCGUAGCGGAGAAGUUCGGCGUGACAAGGUUUGUCAAGCAACAGCACGAGGUCACAGCAUGCACAUGGAACGCGACCACAAAGCAGUGGAUACUAGAUGUCAAAGACGUCCAAAGCAAGACCACCUUCAGAGAUGAAGCAGACGUGGUGAUUUCCGCCAGAGGGUUCUUCACUACCCCGUCGUGGCCUGACAUUUCGGGACUUCGAACCUUCGAAGGGCAGAUUAUGCAUUCUGCCUCAUGGGAUACAAGCUACGAUUUUGGAGACAAGAAUAUUGGCGUGAUAGGAAACGGCUCAAGUGCCAUACAGAUCGUCCCAGAGCUUGAGAAGAUCGGAGGAACCAAGCUUUCAUGCUUCGUAAGAAGCAAAACAUGGAUCACAAAUCCAUUUGGUGAUUCUGCUAUGCUGGAACUUGGCUUGGAUCCUACACGACCAAAAUUCUCUGAUGAACAGCGUAAUGCGUUUCUGAACGAUCCCGAGAAGCUACUCGCGUUCCGUAAAACGCUUGAACGCCAUGGCAAUACUGUCCAUGAAGUUGCACAUCGAGACUCAGAUCUGCAAAAGAUGGCUGUCACCAUGUCUACAGCUGCCAUGAGAGAAAGACUUUCAUCAAAGCCGGAAAUUGCUGAUUUCUUGAUCCCUUCCUUUGGUGUUGGCUGCAGACGUGCGACCCCAGGACCAGGAUACCUCGAAGCCCUAGGCAGACCUAACGUUGACUUUAUUACCGAUCCCAUCAAAGAAGUCAAUUCGAAAGGUAUCCUCUUGAAGACUGGGCGCCAAAUUGACCUAGAUUGCAUUGUUUGUGCCACUGGGUUCAACACCAGUGGAGUUCCGCAGUUCCAAGUACACGGGUCAAAUGGUACAACACUUGCACAGCGUUUCAGCCCGAAUUCAGAAGCAUAUCUCUCCUUGGCUGUCGAUGGAUUCCCAAAUUUGUUUUUCAUGUUGGGGCCUAAUGCCGGAGUCGGAAGCGGAGCCCUCACGAUCAUCAUUGAGAGCGCAGGCGACUACAUCAUCAAGUGCAUUCGGAAGCUGCAAAAGGAGGAUUACAGCACAAUGAAUGUCAAGAAAGAACGUGUGUCGGACUGGGUCGAGCACUGCCAGGCGUACUUUAAGAAGACUGUCUACACAGACCAGUGCAAGUCUUGGUAUAAAGGUUCGGGCGGCGACGGGAGCCAUAUUAUAGGGUUGUGGCCUGGGAGUACGUUGCACGCACUCGAGGCUUUGAGAUCACCUCGAUGGGAGGACUUUGAAUGGGAAAGUCUGCGGAAUUCGGGUAAUAAGAUGCGCUGGCUAGGGAAUGGGUACAGUAUUACGCACACCAAAUCAAGUUCAGACGAUGGCCAAUAUGGCGGAGAUCCUGCAUGGUACAUUGACCCAAUGUUCCAGGACAAGCCCCUGCCAGGACGCCCAGAGGAUGAUAUGCGGUACAAGAUGCGGCCGUUCUCUCACUGA